AUGGAGAAAUCCGAGAAGCUCGCUACCCAAACAAACAGCGAGUCAAACUCGAGCACGGGUUCCCAGGAGGUCCACCUCUCUCUCCCCGCUCAUAGCCUACCCUAUGACGCCGUUAUCCGCGAACUAAGAACUGACCCCGAAGAUGGCCUCUCGACGGGAGAAGCUAAGCGCCGUCUGGACAUCUAUGGCCCUAACAUGCUCGACGGCGGCGAGGAGGUCUCCAUCGUGAAGAUUCUCGUCCUUAUCAUGGCCAUGGCAGUCAGUUUUGGCAUUCAAUCUUGGAUUGAAGGUGGCGUCGUCGCUGCCGUUAUCAUCCUCAAUAUCAUUGUUGGUUUCUUCCAGGAAUACGCUGCGGAGAAGACGAUGGAUUCUCUGCGUUCCUUGAGCUCCCCUACGGGUAAUGUUUCGCGGGAGGGAACUACCUCCACCAUCCCGUCUCUUGAGAUCGUUCCUGGUGACAUGGUUGAACUCAGGACUGGUGACACAGUCCCUGCAGAUAUAAGACUUGUAGAAGCGGUUAACUUCGAAACUGAUGAAGCUCUACUUACCGGCGAAUCUCUCCCCGUGCAAAAGGAUGCAGACCAGACCUUUAAAGAGGAUACCGGCCCGGGCGAUCGCCUGAAUAUUGCCUACAGCUCCUCAACUGUGACCAGAGGCCGUGCUCGCGGUGUUGUCGUAUCUACCGGCAUGAGGACUGAAAUUGGGUCUAUCGCUGCUGCCCUCCGCGCAACUGAUUCAAAAAUUCGUCCUGUCAAGCGUACCCCUGAAGGUGAAACCAAAAAGCGCUGGUACUUGCAGGCAUGGGCUUUGACCGGCACCGAUGCCGUCGGCCGAUUCCUCGGCGUCAACGUCGGAACUCCGUUGCAGCGAAAGCUCUCCAAGCUGGCUCUGAUUCUGUUCGGAGUGGCCGUCUUAUUUGCUAUCAUUGUUAUGGCUGCAAACAAGUUCAGCAGCAAAAACGAAGUUAUCAUUUAUGCUGUCGCUACCGGUCUCAGUAUGAUUCCCGCAUGUUUGGUUGUCGUCUUGACAAUUACGAUGGCUGUUGGUACCAAACGGAUGGUCGAAAGACACGUCAUUGUUCGCAAACUUGACUCGCUCGAAGCAUUGGGUGCCGUCACCAACAUUUGCUCAGAUAAGACUGGAACAUUAACCCAAGGUAAAAUGGUGGCGAAGAAGGCAUGGAUUCCGUCUCGCGGGACAUACUCUAUUGGAACCUCAAAUGAACCGUUUAACCCGCACGCUGGGGCUAUGGGCUUCGAGGCGCGGCCUCCUGUGGAAGCAGCAAUCAACGACGAACCGACUGAAGUCACCUCGCCCGAGGACCUUCUCAGAGACAACGACGAUCUUGUACAGUAUCUGGAUAUCGCGUCCAUGGCCAACCUUGCUCACGUUUACAAGUCGGAGCAUGGUGAAUGGCAUGCCCGUGGCGAACCUACAGAAAUCGCCAUCCAGGUCUUCGCAUCCCGCUUCAACUGGAACAAGGACAGGUGGACUAAAGGUACGGACGCGCAGUGGCACCAGAAAGCUGAAUUCCCUUUCGAUUCGAGCAUCAAAAAGAUGUCUGUUAUUUUCGAAAACCUGAAAGAUAGCCGCCAGAUGGUAUUCACGAAGGGUGCUGUCGAACGGGUUCUUGAGGCGUGCACUUCCAUCGUUUGGAAAGAGGGCGAAGGACGCGUCCCAUUGACCGAGGAACAUACCUCUCGGAUCCUUGCGAAUAUGGAGGUCAUUGCCGCUCAGGGACUGCGCGUUUUGGCUUUAGCCGGACGGGAAUACAAACCCUCCCAGCUGGAGGACGGCGAUUACAAUCGUGAAGACAUUGAAAGGGAAUUGGUUUUCCGGGGUUUGAUUGGCCUGUACGAUCCCCCUCGCCCCGAAACCGCGGGUUCGAUCGAAGAAUGUUUCCGCGCUGGGAUCUCCGUCCACAUGGUCACAGGAGAUCACCCUGGUACCGCACGCGCCAUUGCUGCUCAAGUUGGCAUCAUCCCGUCUGAUAUGAGCAAGGUGGCGAAGGACGUCGCCGACGCUAUGGUCAUGACGGCCGGCCAAUUCGACAAACUCACUGAUGACGAAGUCGAUGCCCUGCCCACUCUACCACUGGUCAUUGCCCGAUGCGCCCCAAAUACCAAGGUCCGCAUGAUCCAAGCCCUCCAUCGACGCGGCCGCUUCUGCGCCAUGACAGGCGACGGAGUCAAUGACUCGCCGUCCCUGAAGCACGCCGAUGUUGGAAUUGCCAUGGGCGAAUCUGGCUCCGACGUCGCCAAGGAUGCAUCUGAUAUCGUUCUGACCGACGACAAUUUCGCCUCGAUCCUCAACGCCAUCGAGGAAGGCCGCCGUAUCUUCGACAAUAUCCAGAAAUUCGUCCUGCAUCUACUGGCCGAGAACAUUGCGCAGGCCUGUACGUUGCUGAUCGGGCUGGCUUUCAAGGAUGUCGAUAUGCAGUCUGUGUUUCCCUUGGCGCCCGUUGAGAUUCUCUGGAUCAUCAUGAUUACGUCUGGAAUGCCUGAUAUGGGUCUUGGUAUGGAAAUUGCCGCUCCGGAUAUCAUGGAUCGUCCACCACAAAGUAAACAAGGUAUCUUCACUUGGGAAAUCAUCAUCGACAUACUCGCCUACGGCCUCUGGAUGUCCGCCCUCUGCCUCGCCUCCUUCACCCUGGUCGUGUACGGGUUCGGCGACGGCAACCUCGGCCGCAGCUGCAACACUAGGUACUCAGAGCAAUGCGAUACCGUCUUCCGCGCGCGCGCCACGACCUUCGUAUGCUUGACGUGGUUCGCGCUCUUCCUCGCGUGGGAGAUGGUCAACAUGCGCCGCAGCUUCUUCCGCAUGCAGCCCAAGUCCAAGAAGUACUUCACGCAGUGGAUGCACGAUGUGUGGCGAAACCAGUUCCUCUUCUGGGCCAUCAUGGCCGGUUUCAUCACCAUCUUCCCGCUGCUGUACAUCCCCGUCAUCAACACAGUCGUGUUCAAGCACAAGGGCAUCACGUGGGAGUGGGGGAUUGUCUUUAUCGAGGCGAUGUUGUUCUUUGCUGGCGUCGAGGCGUGGAAGUUGUGGAAGCGCAUCUACUUCCGCCGCAAGGAUCGGAAGGGUAAAGGUCAAGUCUUCGUCGGGCCGAUAUGCUGGAUUAUUGAUAGUGAGCAGUAG